AUAAAAACGACGUAGGGGAUUGUUAAUGAUUCUCUUCUUGACGGUCUUGCCAAGCACUUUCGCCUCUUACUAAAAAGUAAAACCACUCAAGAAGGGAAAAGGUUCCACAUUCCGUGCAGUUUUAAGAACAAUAAAACUUUUCAUCUAAUGUACGACUAACAACAUCAUUGCCAAAUGGAGUUGGGCACAAUCCUAUAUGCUUGAACUCAAACUUAUUGAUCGUAACACAUUCUCAAAAACCUUUUCCUUUACAGCAUUUAUGAUGCUUCAAUAUGUACGUAUAAUGCAUUUAUUACGUUUUAACAAGUUAUACAAACUAUUUGUUGGGUUGACCAAAGUUACAGUAAUGAAAUGAAAAAAAAAUUGUCCAAGUUGCGAGAAACGGUGAAAAACUGGUAAGAACAUUAGUAUCCUGUCUGUCUAAAGUUCUCAAAUCAAUUAUGUGGACUAAAAAAAAAAAAAAAAAAA